ACUGCACAAUAAUAAUGCAGUAAUGAUUAAUUUAUAACUACUCCUUCUCUUCUGCUAUAUAUAGUGGGCUACAAUCCUCAGGAGAGACAGAAAGAGAAGGAAGGAAUCAUUUCCCUCUGUUAAAAGAUGUUUCAAUCCAGUCACUCCUCUGUUUUCAUCCUCCUCUUGCUAGCAACUGCUGGAACUUCAUUCAAUUAUUGUGAAGGUUCUACACCUUCAGCUAAUGUCUCUUUACAAGUUGAUUGUUAUGAGUCAAAGAUUCUGUUCAGAUACAACUGGAAAGGAGGACAUGAUUUAAAAUUAGUCCAUAGCCCAAAUCCGACUUGCUACCUCUCCAAUGGCACAGAGAUCCCUCCUCUUAACUCUGAAGUGACACUAAUUGGCUCUAAACUUACUUACAAUGAUACUGUCCCAGUCUUCCUGCAGGAGACACAGUUUCCACUGGAGACUGGAGCCUACUGCAACUGGUCAGUGUGCAUGCUAGUUAUUAUCAAUGAGGACACUCAUAAUUUGUACAUCACUUCAGAGGACUAUUCCUGCAGACUAAAAAGAGAAGCAGUGACUAUUAGCAGUAGUUCGAUUGAUCAGUUAUUGACAACAACUGAUAAUUACGAUAUACUAGCAACACCAACAAUAUUCCAGGAAUCAUACCAUCUUGACACUUCACCGCCAAACGAAAUAAUAUUGACAGCAGCGUUAACUACGAGCCGAAAAGAAACAACGGCAACAAGCGAGUAUUACACACUCGGUGAAACAACUAACGUAAAGAGGAGCUCAGUGUUCCCAUCGGGAGAAAGUACAGCCAGUGUCACUGGAACUAGCAGUACUAAGAAUGGACUGAGCAGUAGUUCCAAUGCCCCAACCAUUACUAGUAACCCAAUAGCCAGAGGGCACCAGAAUAUUGUUACAUACACUCUGAUUGGAGUAAUGAUCCUUAUACUGGGGUUCAGCCUAAUAGCCCUGAUACUCUCCUGCAUGAGUAUAAAGAGACGUAAGAAGUCAAGACGGACUGCACAAGUAUCAUCAAUGAAUGAACUACAUACAGCGACAUGCAACGACAAUAUAGAGGAGGCCAGACACACAUUAAGUCUAUACAAAGAUAAUGAUUUAAACGGCUCCGUGGUAACGCUGCUACAAUCAUUAGACUCUUCUACUCUUCUCUGUAAAGCAAGUUCUGAUGAAACUACGAAACUGAGGGACAGCAGAGGAGAUGGGGAGAGGUACAUGACCACAGGAUCAAGUAUCAGCCAAGACAGCGAUGAAUACAAGAGACUAGCCAGAAGUGAAAUUGAACUAAGAUACAUAGCAGGAAACACUCCAGCGGGUCAAAAGAGUAAAAGUCUAUCAGCUUUGAAUAUAGACAACAGGUCGCCGCAUCAUUUACUACUAGUCAAUGAGAGAGGGGCCCCUCUGGAAUCUGAUAGCAGUUUAUUUAACGUAGAAAGAGAAAGCUCCGAGUCCAGCAGCUGCUCGUACUUACAUACAAGCAACCAUGAACAUACUCUUCACCAUGGAAACAACACUCUCCCCGUGGGAAGCCGUACAAGAAGUGUCCGUGAGAAUGACAAGGAAGAUAAUGAGAGAAAUGACUUGCCACAAGUUUGGCAGCCAGGGACCAGAGCCAAGAAUAGAAUGACCACACACAACAAUAAUGGGCCAGGUACAACCAUUGAAACAGAGUAUAUAGCCCAUGGAGAGAUUAGUAAGAAUGGUGAAAAUGUGAUAGUGCCUGUCAGUCUAGCAGCUGCUGGUUAUGAAGGGAGGGUUAGUGCUAAUAAUAAUAAUAAUAACACUGAUCUGAAAUCACACGCUCACCUCAUUCAGCUCAAAUCAGUUUCUUCUUGUGAUUCGGGUUACCUUGAAACUCCGCCCACUUCUUACUCGUCUCAAAACAUAAAGUCCAUGGAUUCCGAUACCAGCUACUGCCAUUUUGAGGAUACCUUUGAGGAGUACGAUAAGACAGGAGGAGGAGCUAAGGGGUGUGGCCUCCUGUUUGCUAGCGAUAGUUCCCUUAAUGACUGGAAGGGUGGUUCCACGUUGAAAAAACAAAGAAUUGAUAAUAUAACUUACAUUGACUUACCACAGUACUAAUGCACACACACACACACACACUAUGUCUCUACUGCUCCUUUUGUAAAUAUAACAACUGAACUGUCUUUAAUUAUAAAAUGAUCAUUAUCCUGCAA